UGUAUUAAAAAACUAGUGGGUAUAGGUAGGUAAUUUUUUAGUUGACAUUGUUGUAUUUCUCGUUCUAAAGCCCACUCCUUGGGUGAAAUUCAAAGUAAACACUGUGAAGUGUUUUUAGCCAAAUGGAAGAAAGUUCACUUGUUAACAAGUUGACUAUUGAUCGUGCGAAGAUUUUGGGAACAGGAAAAUACGGCAUUGUUUAUGAAGGCGUUUGGGGUGAAAAUCAAGUAGCCAUCAAAAGAAUUCCUAUAGAUAAUGUCGCGACUAGCAAUGAACGAGAAGUGAACGCGCUAAAAAAAUUUGACCAUGAAAACGUCAUCAAAUUGCUUCAUGUCGAGGAGGACAAAGACUUUAAAUAUUUUGUCCUUCAAUUGUGCAAAGCCACGAUGGCACAGUUGUUUUUAAUAGACGGGGACGCAAACAAAUACAAUGGCCCAAUGCCUCCAAAGGUGGAUGUUCUUUAUCAAUUAGCCAUUGGACUGGAAUACAUACACGAACAGGGAUUGAUUCAUCGCGAUCUCAAGCCUGAAAAUGUUUUGAUUUGGGUGAGUUCAGAUUCAAAUAAUCAAGUAAUAAUGAAAUGGGCCGACUUCGGACUGAGUAAACAAGUCAACGAGAGAGGUUCUUUUUCCAUGAGCGAAAAAGUAAAAGGGACAUUCGAAUGGCUUGCACCAGAAAUACUGAAAAUACUCGGAGAAGAAAAGAGUCAUCAAGGGACCAGUUCUCCCUCGGAAAGUGAAACAACAUCAACAAGUAAAAGAGGAACUGUCAAGAGUGAUGUAUUUGCAGAAGGUCUUGUAUUUGGCUACUUUCUAUUGGACGGUGUUCACCUUUUUGGUCUCCGUUUCGAAAUUCAAAUCAAUAUUCUUAGGAACCAACCAAUUUAUUUGGAAAAAAUUGAACCGCUUAGUGCUCGUGAACUUGUCCUGAAAAUGUUGGAGGAAAAUCCCGAAAAUCGAAUCGCAUCGUCAAAAGUUGCUAAACGACUCAAACAAUUCAAACACGACAAGACAUUCACAUUUGCGUCAGGACCCUAUCCAACCAUAGAAGAAAUCGAGAAACUCAUUGAAAAUGGCAUGGAUAUAAACUGUGCAAACGAAAAGGGAUUUACACCUCUCCUGCAUUUGACAAACAAUAAGAAUACUAGUGACAAUUUGAUUGAAAUGAUUCAGUUCUUGAUCAGAAAUGGAGCAAACGUCAAUUGCCAAACCAACAGCGGGAAGAAUGCUCUACACUACUUGUGUCACUAUUACCAAAACGAUAAUUUGGUUGAAAUCAUUCAAAUUUUGAUUGAAAACAAAAUCGAAGUCAAUUGCAAGACCAAUGAUAGGCGAAAUGCUCUUCACUAUUUGUGUAACUAUUACAAAAACGCCAAUUUAAUUCAAAUAAUUCAAAUGUUGAUUCAAAACGAAAUUGAAAUCAACGGCAAGUCCAAGGGCGGCCAGAAUGCCCUUCACUUCUUGUGUAAAAACUACCAAAACGAUAAUAUAAUUCAAAUAAUUCAAAUUUUGAUCCAAAACAAAAUGGAUAUCAAUUGUAAGACCAAGAAAGAAUUUAAUGCUCUCACUUUAUUGUGUAUACAUUAUCAACACGAAAAUUUGAUUGACAUAAUUCGACUUCUAAUUGAAAAUGGAAUCGACAUCAAUUGGAAAAACAAAAACGGAUCUAAUGCCCUUACGUUAUUGUGUCACUAUUAUCGAAAAGACAAUUUGAUUGAUAUAAUUCGACUUUUACUUGAAAAUGGAAUUGAGGUUAACUGCAAAAACAAAAUUGGAUCCAACGCUCUCACUUUAUUGUGUGAAUUUUAUCAAAAAGAAAAUUUGAUUGAAAUAAUCCAACUUCUAAUUGAAAACAAGAUCGAUAUCAAUUACGAAACCACUAAAGGAUCAAAUGCUCUCACUUUAUUGUGCGAAUAUUAUAAAAGAGAUAAUUUAAUUGAAAUAAUUCGACUUUUAAUUGAAAAUGGAAUUGAAGUUAAUUGUAAGACCAACAUCGGACAAAAUGCCCUUCACUACGUGUGUCAAUAUUACCAAAAAGAAAAUUUGAUUGACAUAAUUCGACUUCUAAUUGAAAAUCGAAUUGAAUUCAAUUGCAUCAAUAAAAACAAAGAGACGGCUCUUACUUUAUUGUGCCAAUUUUAUCCAAGCGAAAAUUUAAUUGAAAUAUUUAAACUUUUGAUUCAAUGCGGCAUCGAAAUCAAUUGUCGGACUAUUAAAGGAUCAAAUGCUCUCACUUUAUUAUGUGAAUAUUACAACAAGGAAAAUUUAAUCGAAAUAAUUCGGCUGUUAACUGAAAAGGGAAUCGAAGUCAAUUGUAAGACGGACAAAGGACGGAGUGCUCUUCACUUAUUGUGUCAAUAUUACAAAAACAAUAAUUUAAUUGACAUUACCAAGAUUUUCAUCCAAAAUCAAAUUGACCUCAACUGCAAAACCAACGGAGGACGGAAUGCACUUCACUUCUUGUGUCAAUAUUAUCAAAAUGAAAAUUUGAUUGAAGUAAUUCCAAUUCUGAUUGAAAACAGAAUCGAAGUUAAUCACAAGAACAACUAUGGAUCAAAUGGCCUCACUUUAUUGUGCCAAUAUUAUCAAGAGGAUAAUUUGAUUGACAUAAUCCGACUUUUAAUUAAAAGCGGAAUCGAAAUCAAUUGCAAAACCGUCAAAGGAUCGAAUCCCCUCACUUUAUUGUGUCGCUAUCAUCAAAAGGAAAAUUUAAUUGACAUCAUUCGACUUUUGAUUGAAAAUGGAAUCGACGUCAAAUUCAAGGACAAUGACGGAGAUAAUGCUCUCACUUUGUUAGUUCAAAAUUAUGAACUACAAAAUUUAAUAGAAAUCAUGCAACUAUUGAUUCAUCAUCAAUGCGAUGUGCCUCCAGAAAAGCUCGCCAUCUUCAAAGAAGAAUAUCACAAAGAAAAUCGCAAUGAAAUCUUGCAGUUACUUGAUCAAAACGUAUGAUCGGAGAUGAGUACAAUCCCGCGAGCUAACGAGUGAAAAUAAAAUAACAUUCCUGUAUUCUGGCAUUUCAUUUACUGUCGACGAUUGGACAAUGGACA